UUGGCUUUGAGCAAACAUGCAGUGAAAAGGGUUGGCUUGAACAAUGCUAAUAUAAGCAAUUCAUUUGCUAUGUUGUUUGGUCAAAGGUUGCAGUUUCAUGUUUUUCGCUGAUUUGAAAUUGCGGUUCGCAACUGGAAGAACCAUAUGCUUCUGUCCAUGCACAUGAUGUUCAUCUUCUUCUUCAUAUUCUUCUUCUUCUUCUUCCUUCUUCUUCUUCCCUCAACAGCUAGACAGCUAGGUCGUUGCAAGGAAUUUCAACACCCUGCCAUUUGUCUUACCAUCUGUGUAUCAGCUAGGGGAGAUUGGUCGACCGUUUCAAAGCUCCCUGGACGGUUUCGCGGCCUCCCAAGGGACAAGCUACCUCUCUAGUUGUUCACCUGACCUUUUCUAGGAUCGGAAAGGACAUACAGCUCUGUGCCGAUGAAUCAAAGAUGGAUUCAUAGCCGUUUUUCACCCGAGGGUUGGGUGAAGUUGUGCCAAUCCUGAUUGAAAUAUAUUGAAAUCAGAGGGACCAGCCCACAGAAGUACAGAAGCUGGUGGUGGAUUUUGGGCCGACAGUCUAGAUCCUGGUCCUUUUGCCUUCGGCGAUAUUCACAUCAAUCAUGGCCGUUCCAACGACAUGCUCUUUUGCCAGAACAAUCACCAAACCGUACAACCAAGACCAAAACAUGGAUAUCACUUCGCCGUAUAAUGGUUCAGGCCAGUUGGCAUAGCUUGGGCCGCGUUCGUUGGGCAAUCGGGCACCUCCAGCGUCGACCCAGCAGCCGCGGCCGCCCGCAGCCGCGACCGCACGCGCGGCUGCACACUUCGCUGGGCGCUGUGGGGACACAUGUCGCAGAGCCCUCCAUCCACUCGAAUCAACCCGCGUGGCUUUGCCAUUGUGGCGAAGAUGGUGAGCCGGGAGUCCAUCGACACCUGUACGGCGAAGGUGGCGUCGCUGGAGACCUCCGUGUGGCACUUCGGGCGCACCGUGGGGUUGCUGUCGGUGGUGAGGGACAAUGAGGACAACAAGGAUUUCCGAGAUGUGCUCAGUGGCUACUAUUUCAAGUAUGGGAAGAAGGUGUGGAAGGCCGAUGAUUCUCCCAGCUUGACUUUCUGGGAUGCAGGCAUGCGUGCAGGUGGAGUCGUGGAGUAUCACGGACGCAAGCCGGCCGGUGAGUUGCAGCGCCGAGAAUCCAAGGGCGUGGACGUGGAGAGCUGUUGCUUUGGGAUCCUGGCGAAGAUUUGCCCGAAGCGGGAGAAGGAUGGCGCGGAGGGAUGAAGAAUGAUGGCGUGGUUUGAAGUGUGAGAAGAUCAAUCAGCGCUGAAGCGCUUCGAAUCUCCCUUUUGAAAAGGGGUGAAGACAGGAUACCGGUGCUCAUCCGAUCUCUUCAUUUCGCCGCGAUAUGGCUCCUUCUCAGCGUGGGAAGGCUUUUCCUGCAUAUCCGGUGUAAACAGUGUAGCAAGAUAUGGUGAUAUGGCACUCAUGUUGGUGUAGAUUUCGGGCCCUUGGAAAAAGCUUGGGCAGUCUCACCCUGCAGUCUCAGUGCCAAAGACACGAUCGCGGCGGCCGCAAGCCCC